AAUUCGCUUUCUUCUUCCUUCGGCAACCGCUUCUUCCUUCCUUCCUUCUCUAGUCUUUGUGAUCAAAACUUUAUCCAUCGAAACUCCCCUUUGAUUUCAUCUACUCUUAAGAGAAUGGAGAACCCAAAAAACUCUCCCGAUCCUUCGUCUCCUCCUCCUCCUCGCUCUACUUCUUCUUCAGGCCUCCCUUUCUCUAAGAGUAAAUGCGCGAUUUGUUUAGAUGAGAUUAGGCAGGAAGACGGCAAAGCAAUAUUUACUGCAGAGUGCUCACAUUCGUUCCACUUCGGUUGCAUCACCUCCAACGUGAAACACGGCAACAGGAUCUGCCCUUUGUGUAGAACCGAGUGGAAACAAGUCCCUUUGUUUGUUAAUGACCGUGUUGUCCCUGCCCCUACCUUUCCGGUUCAAACCGGUUUUGAAGAUGAUGAGCCUUUACCUCAUGGAGUAGCAGUGAGUCAGCCUUCUGGUGUUGCUGCUGAACAUCAAGCUCUGGAGAUUAAACUUCUCCCACAAGUCUCCGCGGUUGAAAAGUCUGUUGCUCGCGUCGAUUUCGCUGUUCUGGUUCAUCUCAAGGCCGCGGAGGGAGCGAGUGAUGAUAGACCAGCAACACGUGCGCCUUUGGAUCUCAUCGCGGUUCUUGAUGUGAGUGGUAGCAUGGAAGGAACGAAGCUGCACCUUUUGAAAAACGCUGUUGCGUUUGUGAUUGAUAAUCUCGGCGAGACGGAUAGGCUUUCAGUGAUUGCCUUCUCCUCCGGCGCUCGCCGGCUGUUCCCUCUCAGGCUCAUGUCUGAGAGGGGAAAGCGCGAGGCAAUCCAGGCUGUUAACUCCCUGGUCGCUGGCGGCGGGACCAACAUCGCGGAAGGGCUCAAGAUUGGUGCUAGAGUGAUUGAGGAUAGGAGGUGGAAGAACCCUGUCUCAGGGAUGAUGCUGUUGUCUGAUGGGCAGGAUAACUUCACUCUUUCUCGCUCUCAUUCUCAUUCUCUGGUUCGUCCAAGAGCUGAUUACCAGUGUCUGAUUCCGAGUUCUCGGAUUCCGAUACAUACAUUCGGGUUCGGCGCUGAUCACGACGCCGAGCUGAUGCACACUAUCUCGCAAGUCUCGAGCGGUACCUUCUCGUUCAUCGAGACGGAGACCGUGAUUCGGGACGCGUUCGCGCAGUGCAUUGGCGGGCUUCUCAGCGUUGUGGCUCUUGACCAAGUCGUUGAGAUCGAGUGCCUUCACGAGGAAGGGCUGAAGAUAUCUUCUAUCAAAGCAGGAAGCUAUAGAAGCAGAGUCUCGUCUGAUGGGAGAACCGCCAAGAUCGAUGUUGGCGACAUGUACGCAGAAGAAGAAAGAGACUUCCUCGUGAUUCUCGAGAUCCCUCGUUGCGAGGACGAGUCGAUGCCGUUGGUGAAGAUCAGAUGCGUUUAUAAAGAUGCUGUAAGCAGAGAGAUAGUCCGCGUGGAGUCGGGAGAGCUUAGCAUUCAAAGGCCGGAGCAGCUGACGGGAGAAGAAGUUGUGUCUGUAGAGGUUGACAGGCAGCUAAACAGGUUCCUUGUGUCAGAAGCUAUGUCUGAGGCUAGGGUUUUAGCGGACGGUGGUGACCUGGAGGGGGCGGUUGGGAUUCUGAGGAACCGUGAGAGGGAGUUGGCAGAGACGCAGUCUGCUCGGGCCAGAGAUGGGCUUUGUCUGUCGCUGUCUUCAGAGCUUGGUGCUUUGCAAGAGAGGAUGACUAGCAGGAGGAUGUACGAGAGAUCAGGUCGAGCCUAUGCUUUCUCUAGCAUGAGCUCGCAUUCGGCACAAAGGGCAACGGCUCGUGAACCCGUAUGCGGGUCGGCCGCGCCGCAGGCUUAUCAGACGCCUUCAAUGGCUAGAAUGGUGAGUAGGUCUCAGGAGCUGGGGAUUAAAAGCCCUAAACCGUCUCCUGCUCGUCGAGACCGAAGCUGAAUUUGAGAGAAAAGAGACUAGUUAUAAUGGUUGUGUGUUGAUUGCUUUGCUUUGCUUGUUUGGUUUUAUAUGGUUUGAUUAAAAACUGAGUUGGUUCAGUCUGAUCUCUAUGGGACAAUUGCUGUUUUUUUUUUUCAGAAGUCAUUUCAGAUUUGAUGAAGUUAAAAAUGUUUUAAAAAUUGGUUUA